ACAGAGCUGUAUGUGUCUGUGCAUUUAUAUUACUCUGUACUUGCUGCUGAAAGCUGGUCCUCAACCGGAUGACACACUAAUGUUCUGACAGGGCCACUUCCUACAAAAACACGUUCACUGCUUUCGCUGACGGGAAAUGUAGUUCUGAGCAAGCUAAACCCAAACUAUGCUAACAGCCGUUUAUAAGUCUGGGAUUAUUUAUCAUGACAAAUACAGAGCAAAACAUUUACAGUAACUGCACGCAUCUGUUCUGUUUCCCAACAGCCGCGAAAAACUAGAACAGUAACGUUAUCAAUACAUGUUACUAAAACUGAAACGUUAGUACCUAACGGCUAAGUAGCGGCUAGCUGAACAUGCUAACGGUGCUGAAGUUGGUUCCAUGUUGGAGUCAGAAGCCGUACCGUCAGGCUGCCUCAGGUCUGUAAUCACUCGGAGUGGUAUUCAAAAUGCUGGCUGCACACCUGCGGCCUCUCUCAAGUCCAAACUUACCAACAGACGGAGGAAUGUGGAUCCAGUUUCCUCUGUGGCCGUGAAAGUGGAGGAGGAUGAUGAUGAGGCGAGGAUCUGCGAGCAAAGACCCUCCUCGGCCCCCUUAUCAACGGGUGGUUGCCCUGAACUCUUCCCCGACAGGACGGCACAACCAAAAACAGAAACGGACACUUUACCACUGUCUUCACACAGCCACAGGAGGAGACAGUUAAAGGUGGAAUAUGACGGGGAUGAAGGCGCAACACCGGUGAAGACUGAGCACUGGGAACCUCUCGACUGGAAGAAACAAUUAGGAUACAUUCAGGAGAUGAGGAGCGGCCGUGAUGCACCUGUGGACAACAUGGGAGCAGAGAAAUGCUACGACACAGAGGCCCCUGCACAUGUGAGACGUUUCCAGGUGCUGGUUUCACUCAUGCUGUCUAGCCAAACCAAGGACCAGGUGACAGCAGAAGCUAUGCAGAAGCUCCGAGCUCACGGCUGUACGGUGGAAAAUAUACUCGCUACUGAUGACGAAACACUGGGAAAACUCAUCUACCCCGUCGGCUUCUGGAGGACUAAGGUGAAGUAUGUUAAGCUGACAUCGGCCAUGCUGCAGAAGGAGUUUGGCGGGGACAUCCCAGACAGCGUGGAGGGGUUGGUCCGCCUGCCCGGAGUUGGACCUAAGAUGGCUCACUUGGCUAUGGACAUCGCCUGGGACCAGGUGUCCGGCAUUGGUGUGGACACACACGUGCAUCGUAUCUCGAAUAGGCUGGGAUGGCUCAAGAAACCAACCAAGAACCCAGAGGAAACACGCAAGGCCCUGGAGGAGUGGUUACCCAGGGAGCUGUGGAGUGAGAUCAACUGGCUGCUCGUGGGCUUCGGACAGCAGGUUUGUCUACCCAUCAACCCUCUCUGCUCAGUGUGUCUGAACCAGCACAGCUGUCCAUCUGCCCACAAGAACUCUCCUACAAAGAGGCCUAAAGCUAGAUCUCCAUGGUCUCCGAGUCCAACCUCUUCCUUUAAAACCAAAACUGAACCGGAGUUUGCUGUUAAAGAUGAGAGAACAAAGAAGGAGCCACGGUCCACACCCAUUUCCCCGACCACGCAGAGAAGGAAGCUAAAAAGCAAGGUUAAUCAUUAAGUUGGUUGUCCCAUAAGUUUGUCCGAGCGGUGACAAAAAGACUUCAAUGUAUACGCACACACUGAAAACAUGCAUCUAAGCUAAAUGCUGAUGUGAUUAUUGUGAUAUUUGUGUUUUCAUCACAUGACACUAUAACAACACCUUUUACAUUCUAUCUGAGAUUAUAUAUUUUUGUACUGUUAGUGCUUAAUUCUUUAUUACCAAAUAAAAACAUGUUUGUCCUGAAACUGGA